CGCGCCGCGCCAUGGCCCAGCAGCAGAUGAGCAGCUCGCAGAAGGCGCUGAUGCUGGAGCUGAAGUCGCUGCAGGAGGAGCCGGUGGAGGGCUUCCGCAUCACCCUGGUCGACGAGUCCGACCUCUACAACUGGGAGGUGGCGAUCUUCGGGCCCCCCAACACCCUCUACGAGGGCGGGUACUUCAAGGCUCACAUUAAAUUUCCUAUUGACUAUCCAUAUUCACCACCUACCUUCAGAUUCCUGACCAAAAUGUGGCACCCCAACAUCUAUGAGAAUGGAGAUGUAUGUAUUUCAAUUCUUCAUCCACCUGUAGAUGACCCACAAAGUGGAGAGCUGCCAUCAGAGAGGUGGAACCCUACCCAAAAUGUCAGGACUAUCUUACUGAGUGUAAUCUCUUUGCUUAAUGAGCCCAACACAUUCUCUCCUGCCAACGUGGAUGCGUCAGUCAUGUUCAGGAAAUGGAGGGACAGUAAAGGAAAAGACAAGGAGUAUGCUGAAAUCAUAAGGAAACAGGUUUUGGCUACCAAAGCCGAAGCAGAGAAGGAUGGUGUGAAGGUCCCCACUACGCUGGCAGAGUACUGCAUCAAAACUAAAGUGCCUUCCAAUGACAACAGUUCAGAUUUGCUUUAUGACGACUUGUAUGAUGACGACAUUGAUGAUGAAGAUGAGGAGGAGGAGGAUGCCGACUGUUACGAUGAUGAUGAUUCUGGCAACGAGGAGUCGUGACCUGCUCCCUCUAUGCCCCUGUACUGCCCUGCCGACUCAGGCCAGAAGGGAGCAGCGGUAACCUAGCAGCAGUCCAGCAAAAAAGUGUGGGGGGGGAUCAAAAAAAACUUUUUGUCUCCUGCUGUCUCCUGUUGUAUGGAUCUGUUUGCUCCUUUUUUAUGGACCUCUUAGAGACCCUCCACAGAAUGUCUGAAUUCUUGCAUUCUUAACCCUUUCAUCACUGUAUUAUGAUUUCUUUUUAAAAAAGAAACUCCCCUUUUCACUUCUCUACAAAACGCUCACAGCGAAACAGGUUUGCUCGUGUUUAGAUUCUUGAAUUAAAUACAGUCUUGCAUUGA